UUUCAAAGACUUUAACGGAAAUCUCAAUAAAGAUAAUGAAGACUCGGACGCAUCCAACUAUAUUCGGGAUCAAUCUAUUUGCUUAAAAUCAGAUCAACCCAAAGAAUUCAAACCCAAUAUUUCGAUGCCUGAAGUGUACGAAGAGCUCAAGUUUGAUAACCCGGACGGAGGCGUUUGGAAACAAGGAUGGGAUCUCAUUGUCAACGAUAGCAUGUUUUCUAGAAACGAAAAACUAAAAGUGUUUGUCGUAACUCAUAGUCACAAUGACCCUGGUUGGAUCAAAACAUUUGACAGAUACUUUAGGGAACAGACAAAAAACAUUUUAGAUAAUAUUGUCAACAAAUUGAGUGACGACCCGAGUCUGAGGUUUAUUUGGGCCGAAACUAGUUAUCUGAGCGCGUGGUGGGAGACCGUCAAAGACCACAAAAUGAAGGUCAAAAUGAGACGUUUAGUAGAAUCGGGUCGACUCGAGAUUGUGACCGGCGGUUGGGUUAUG